CACCAUGCCCAGCACAUACUCUAUUCUUAGAGUUUACUUUUUAAAAAAUUAUCUUUUACUAUUAUUUUAGAUAAGUUUCAGAGGGAAAAGAAGCUAUUCAUUCUCAUGUGUACUGUAACUGGUAAUGUGUCUGAAUCUGUAUACCUUAUUGUUUUCAGGCUAAAAAGGUAGUUCCAUCUAGGCAUUUAGGAACUGUGAAACUCUUUUCUUUGUAUUCUUUUAUUUUCAGCAGAGGAAAUGCGAUGAUUUAGAAAGGUUGCUUUAUAAUGAGUCUUAAAAUGGAUGCCAUGAUUCAAAUUUUGUUCUAACACUUUGCAUCUUUAAAGUAGGUUUGUGCUUUUUUGGGGAGUAUGUGUUUUAGAUGUAUUUUGCUCAGUGACUGUUAUCGCUAGUUUUAUGUUGAGUGUAGCCCGUUUUUGAGUAAAGGGAAUUUAAUGUUCAUCUUGGUAUACCUUGAGUUCUUGGUUUUUUUACCGUUGGGGAAUACCUACUUCAGUUUUCCAGACUGUGUUCUCAAGUCCCUUUGUUGAGAAAUUACUUUUCUUGAUUACUGUAUUUACUUUGCGUUGUUUCAUACAUUAAGAAUUCCUAAUUCCUUAAUUCCUAAUACAUUAAGAAUGAGGAAGCUCGCAGUAUCUACACAGAUAAGUCUUCCUUCAAAAAAGGAUAAACUACUUUUUUGGAGCCUGCACCGACAAGGCAAAAUCGGUAACCCUGCCCCCACCCCAUUUAUUUAUUUAUUCAUUUAUUUUUACUUUUUCGCUCCCACCACAAAUCAUUCUUCUCAGAACAACGCCCAACAGCUGUGGCCAACUUUGCGCUAAGAUACUGUGGGUGCCUCCCGCGGUACCGCCUGAGCUUGACCCUCAGUCCUGCUGGCAGCUGCUCAGCCGUCCUGGCCGUCAGUUUACUCGGCAUCCGCGCAGUGUUUCCGGGACCAGGGCGGCGGGAGCGCAGCCCACUGUUGUGCGCAGUCUCCGGGAGAGGCCUCGGUGCCGCCCAGCCAAGAUCCACACUGGAGCCACACUGUUCAUUUCGCGCCAGUGCAGCCCACUGUGUUUAAAUCUCUCCAGCCAGGGUCUGCCCCCGACCUCCUAAGUACCGGGUCUGUCCGGGUGAACUCAAGGCAGGAGAGAAAGACUCCGAAAGCUGGUCUUUGAGAGCUGCCCCUCCGAAAGAGAGGGACGCGGGAACGCGCGCAGCCCUGCUUUACGGCAAACGCGCGCAUUUGCGAUAGCGCGACGCAGUCAAAUUUGGCGGGAAAAGCGCUGCAUUUGGAUUCCUGUGGUGGCAGCCAAAGGACACCCUGCCGGGUGCUUGGUGGAAUCAUGGCAGUACCUUUUGUGGAAGACUGGGACUUGGUGCAAACGCUGGGAGAAGGUGCCUAUGGAGAAGUUCAACUUGCAGUGAAUAGAAUAACUGAAGAAGCAGUUGCAGUGAAGAUUGUAGACAUGAAGCGUGCAAUAGAUUGUCCAGAAAAUAUUAAGAAAGAGAUCUGUAUCAAUAAAAUGUUAAAUCAUGAGAAUGUGGUGAAAUUCUAUGGUCACAGGAGAGAAGGCAAUAUCCAGUAUCUAUUUCUGGAGUACUGUAGUGGAGGAGAGCUUUUUGAUAGAAUAGAGCCAGACAUAGGCAUGCCUGAACAAGAUGCUCAGAGGUUCUUCCAUCAACUCAUGGCAGGGGUGGUUUAUCUGCAUGGUAUUGGAAUAACUCACAGAGACAUUAAGCCAGAAAAUCUCCUUUUGGAUGAAAGGGAUAAUCUAAAAAUCUCUGACUUUGGCUUGGCCACAGUGUUUCGGCAUAAUGAUCGUGAGCGUUUAUUGAACAAGAUGUGUGGUACUUUACCUUAUGUUGCUCCAGAACUUCUAAAGAGAAAGGAAUUUCACGCAGAACCAGUUGAUGUUUGGUCCUGUGGAAUAGUGCUUACUGCCAUGUUGGCUGGAGAAUUGCCAUGGGACCAGCCCAGUGAUAGUUGUCAGGAAUAUUCUGAUUGGAAAGAAAAAAAGACAUACCUCAACCCUUGGAAAAAAAUUGAUUCUGCUCCUCUAGCUCUGCUGCAUAAAAUCCUAGUUGAGAAUCCAUCAGUAAGGAUUACCAUUCCAGACAUCAAAAAAGAUAGAUGGUACAACAAACCACUUAAGAAAGGAGCAAAGAGGCCCCGGGUCACUUCAGGUGGUGUGUCAGAGUCUCCUGGUGGAUUCUCUAAGCACAUUCACUCUAAUUUGGACUUCUCUCCAAUAAACAGCGCUUCUAGUGAAGAAAAUGUGAAGUACUCCAGUUCCCAGCCAGAACCACGGACAGGUCUUUCCUUAUGGGACUCCAGUCCCUCAUAUAUCGAUAAACUGGUACAAGGGAUCAGUUUUUCCCAACCUGCAUGCCCUGAUCAUAUGCUUCUGAACAGCCAGUUAGUUGGCACCCCAGGAUCCUCACAGAACCCCUGGCAGCGCUUGGUCAAAAGAAUGACACGAUUCUUUACCAAAUUGGAUGCAGACAAAUCUUAUCAGUACCUGAAAGAGACAUGUGAGAAGUUGGGCUAUCAGUGGAAAAAGAGCUGUAUGAAUCAGGUUACUCUGUCAACAACUGACAGGAGAAACAAUAAACUGAUUUUCAAAGUGAAUUUGGUAGAAAUGGAUGAGAAAAUAUUGGUUGACUUCCGUCUUUCUAAGGGUGAUGGAUUGGAGUUCAAGAGACACUUUCUGAAGAUUAAAGGGAAGCUGAGUGAUGUUGUAAGCAGCCAGAAGGUUUGGCUUCCUGCCACAUGAUUAGUCCCAUGGCCCUUUGGAUUCUUGGUGAAUAUGGUGCUGCUAUGUUGACAUUAUUCUUCCUAGAGAAGAUUAUCCUAUUCUGCAAACUGCAAACAAUAGUUGCUGAAGAAUCCUCUUCUCCUUUAUCCAGAUAUCUUCCAAUUCUUUGUAUGUUUUGCAUACAAAUAAUACCUGUAUCUUAAUUGUAAGUAAUACUUUGGGGAAGGGAUAUUUUAUCAUCUGUGUAUUGUGUCUGAAUUUGAAAUCCAUCUUAUAGAAACUAAGGUUAGGGUAGAUGUGUUUAUCAGCUUUUAUACCAACAUAAUAACCCAUUCUUACCAGAACGUGUUUCAUCUAGAAAGUAUGUAUUUCAUCGACAUUGAUUUAAUUAUAAAGAUGGGUUAGCAAAGGCUUAGUCCUUCUGACUUUUGGAAAGCAGAUUUAUCAGUCUGUGAAGCAAGGCCAUCCUCAAAAAAUGAAUCUCCAAAAGUUGUACUUAUGUUUCCAAAAGGGUCUGACCAGUUACAUAAACCUGCUGUUGAAUUAUAAUAAUUAAUUAAAAUUGCAAGUA